UCACUUGAGCGCGCGUCCUCACUAUCCUCCCCCCCCCCACACACACACUCACACACACACACUCACUUUAUUCUAUCACAACCGGAAGCAGGGCGAUCUGGAGUAUUUAGAAUACAAUGCAGCCCAGAGCGAAACGCUGAGGGCUUAGAAAGGGAAGUAGGAAGGCUCCCAGUCCGUGUUGAAAUGUCUCUCUGCGAGCAGAGAGGAAGCGCGGCGGCUCUCGCAAUCCGAGGCGGGGAAAAGCCCUGCGCGCCGCGGCGGCGCAGCCCGGCCCGGCCCGGCCCCGGCCCCGGCCCGGCGGUGGAGCCCAGGUACCUGGCCACGCCCCCACUCCGGGCCGCCGGUGGGAGUGUACGAGACGAGUGGUUAAUCUGCAGCUGGGAGGGAGGGGAAAGCCGCCGGUCUGGUUAACACAGACGGAGCUGCGGCUGGCGAGACACUCGCUGGGCCCUCCAGUGUCGCGGAGAGGCUAGCGCAGCGCGCAGCACCUGUGCGCCUCCUACAGCCCGCCGGGGACCGAGCGAGCUCCCGGGCUGCGGUAGAAAAGGGGAGCGCGCGGCCAGGCGCGCGACGCUCACGGCUCCGCCCGUCCGGGAGACCGCGGGGAGAAAUGCGGACGGGGUCGACAUGAGCCAGACUUAUCUCCGAUGUUGGAUCUUUGCUUGGAAAAACGUGUGGGUACGACCUUGGCUGCCCCCAAGUGUAGCUCCGCUGCUGUGACGUUCCCGGGGUCGGCAGGAGGGACCGAGAAGACCAUGAAAAUGGACGUGAAGGACGCGGACAUGACUCGCUGGACAGAGGCUGAGUUCGAACUGAACUGUACCUACAUUGUCAACGACCAUCCCUGGGAUUCGGGGUCGGAUGGGGGGACCUCGGUGCAGGCAGAGGCCUCCUUACCCAGGAAUCUGCUUUUCAAGUAUGCCCCGGACAGCAAAGAGAUUAUCGGAGUGCUGAGUAAAGAAUAUAUACCACAGGGAACUCGAUUUGGGCCCCUUGUAGGUGAAGUCUACACCAGUGAGACAGUUCCCAAAAAUGCCAACAGGAAAUAUUUUUGGCGGAUUUACUCCGGAGGGGAACUUCACCACUUCAUUGAUGGCUUUAACGAGGAGAAAAGCAACUGGAUGCGUUAUGUGAAUCCGGCGCACUAUGCCCAGGAGCAAAGCCUGGCUGCGUGUCAGAACGGGAUGAACAUCUAUUUCUACACCAUUAAACCCAUCCCUGCCAACCAGGAACUUCUUGUGUGGUAUUGUCGGGACUUUGCAGAAAGACUCCACUACCCUUAUCCUGGAGAGCUCACGGGGAUGAAUCUCACACCAGCACACAGCAACCCAAAGCAAAGCGGUGCUGAUACACAUGAACUUUGCCCAAAGAACGUUCCAAAGAGAGAAUACAGUGUGAAAGAAAUCCUAAAGAUGGACUCCAACCCCUCCAAAGGGAAGGACUUGUGCCGUUCUAACAUUUCACCCUACACUCCAGAAAAGGACCUGGAUGACUUCAGGAAAAUCAGGAGCCCCGAUAAGCCCGUGUACCCUCGGGUAGUCUACCCUAUCCGAGCCCCUCUGCCAGAAGACUUUUUGAAAGCUUCCUUGGCCUAUGGGAUGGAGAGACCAACUUACAUCACCCAUUCCCCACUCCCAUCGUCCACCACCCCAAGUCCUUCCGCCAGAAGCAGCCCUGAGCACAGCCUCAAAAGUUCCAGCCCUCACAGCAGCCCUGGGACCACCGUGUCCCCCCUGGCCCCCGGCUCGCAAGAACCCCGGGACUCCUACACCUACUGGAAUACACCCUAUGGCGCCGCCGAAGGCCUGGGCUCUUACCCUGGAUACACCCCUGCCCCCCACCUCCCACCCACUUUCCUCCCCUCUUACAAUGCUCACUACCCCAAGCUCCUGUUGCCCCCCUAUGGCAUGAAUUGCAACAUCAAUGGCAUCAACAACUUCAGCCUGUUCCCCAGGCUGUACCCUGUCUACGGGAACCUCCUGGGAGGGGGCAGCCUGCCGCACCCCAUGCUCGCCCCGGCCUCCCUGCCCAGCUCCCUGCCCUCUGAAGGAGCCCGGCGGCUGCUUCCUCCUGAGCACCCCCGGGAAGUGCUGCUCCCAGCACCCCACAGUGCCUUUUCCCUCACCGGGGCUGCAGCCAGCAUGAAGGACAAGACCUGCAGCCCCACGAGUGGCUCUCCAACGGCGGGGACAGCCGCCACGUCGGAACACGUGGUCCAACCCAAAGCUACCUCAGCAGUGAUGGCCGCCCCCAGCAGUGAGGAAGCCAUGAAUCUCAUUAAGAACAAAAGAAACAUGACGGGCUACAAAACGCUCCCCUACCCACUCAAGAAGCAGAACGGCAAGAUCAAGUAUGAGUGUAACGUCUGUGCCAAGACGUUUGGCCAGCUCUCCAAUCUCAAGGUCCACCUGAGAGUACACAGUGGAGAGCGGCCUUUCAAAUGCCAGACUUGCAACAAGGGCUUCACUCAGCUCGCCCACCUGCAGAAACACUACCUGGUGCACACAGGAGAAAAGCCACACGAGUGCCAGGUCUGCCACAAGCGAUUUAGCAGCACCAGCAAUCUCAAAACCCACCUGCGACUCCACUCGGGAGAGAAGCCUUACCAAUGCAAGGUGUGCCCGGCCAAGUUCACCCAAUUCGUGCACCUGAAGCUCCACAAGCGACUGCACACCCGGGAGCGGCCCCACAAGUGUGCCCAGUGCCAUAAGAGUUACAUCCACCUGUGCAGCCUGCAGGUCCACCUGAAGGGGAACUGCCCCGUGGCCCCCGCGGGCGGGCUGACCGCCGAGGACCUGACCCGCAUCAACGAGGAAAUCGAGAAGUUUGACAUUAGCGACAAUGCCGACCGGCUAGAAGACAUGGAGGACAACAUCGACUUGACUUCUGUGGUGGAGAAGGAAAUCCUAGCUGUGGUCAGAAAAGAGAAAGAAGACACUGGCCUGAAAGUGGCUUUGCAAAGAAACCUGGGGAGCGGACUCCUCUCCUCAGGAUGCGGCCUCUAUGAGUCACCAGACCUUUCCCUCAUGAAGUUGCCUCGCAGCAAACCACUACCUCUGGGACCUGUAAAGGUCAAACAAGAAACAGUCGAACCGAUGGAUCCUUAAGAUUUCCAGAAAACAAGUGUUUUUGUGUCCUUUCUUAAGUUAUGACUUGUGUGAGUCAGGGUGCCUGUAAGCAAACUGCUUGUACAUAAUUCCAGAUCUACCAAGAAAGCUCUCUUGCUGGCUGGUGGGUUUUCCUCACCUCCCAGAAAUUAAAGAAGGACUCCAAAGUUACUGAAAUCUCAGGGCAUAAAUGAGGCAAUGACUCUCUAUAUACAUAUACAUAUAUAUAUACAUAUAAUAUACAUAUUAUAUAUACUUAUUUACACCCAUGUCUAUAUAUUUGAACCUGUGUAUUUUGAAUAUUUGUGUGGAUAUGUUUGCAUAGCCUUCCCAUUACUAAGACUAUUGUCUAGCCAUAAUUAUUUUUUCAAUGAUAAUCCUUCCUAAUUUAUUAUACAGUUUAUCAUUCAAAAAAGCAAUAAUUAAAAAAAAGUUUACAAUGACUGGAAAGAUUCUUGGUAAUUUGAGUAUAAGUAUUGUAUUUUAUUGUCUUGUGGCCAUUCUUUGUAGAUUAAUUUCUGCACAUCUGUUUUAAGUACCUAAGAUUUAUAUGACUUCAGUCAACCUCUCUCUAUAUCGUUUCAGAAAUGAGGUUUUGGUAUUGCCAAAGUUAGACAUUUGGUGUGUUACCUCAUAAGAUCCUAUGUAUACAGCCUUGUAUAACUUGGGGGUAGGUGUGCAGAAUUACCCAAUAAUAACUUGAAUAGAAAGAACAAGAAAAGGAAUCUUCUCUGUUUUGGUUGAUAGUUGUUUUGUGUGUUUUUUUAAUUUGUUUAUACCAGUGACAAUUUUUACCAAAAAUAUAACAGGAAGGCUUUGCCAACCUGUAUCUC